AUGCGAGGACUGCAAGAAGAGAUUGCACGUCUAGAGAGGGAGAAUGUUGAUCGGAAAGAUUGGACGCUGAUGGGCGAAGCAGGAGCAAAGUCGCGACCAGAAAACAGCCUUCUCGAGCAAGACUUGGAGUUCGAAAACACGGCCAAGGUCAAGCCAGUAGUGACAGAAGAGACCACCUCCUCGUUGGAAGACAUGAUCAAGCAGCGAAUUCUCGAGGGUCGUUUCGACGAUGUCCAGCGAAGGCUCAAUAUUGAGGCGAUGCCCUUCCUACCGAGCCGAAUGCUCGAACUCAGUGAUCAGAAGAGCGGGAAGAGCUUAGCAGAGAUCUAUGAAGACCAGUACGAAGAUCAAAAGGCGACGGAGAAUGGCCAAGUGCGGACCCCAGAGCAAGAUCGCAAGCUCGAGGAAGAGCAUCGCGAGAUAGACGAGCUCUUUGACGACAUCAACAAUAAGCUCGAUGCUUUGACCAACGCUAACUUUACACCAAGGGCGCCCAAGGCAUCAAUCCAGACGCUGAGCAAUGCACCUGCCAUCACAAUGGAGUCUUCGCUGCCUGCGACCUCAUCGGGUCGAUCGAUGCUUGCGCCAGAAGAGGUCUACGAUGCUGGCCGCCACAAUGUCUCCCUGACAGGCGAUCGGAGCGAGAUGACGCCCGAGGAGAAGCAGCGGAUGCAGAGGAAGCUUCGCGCUGACAAAGCUGCCCGAAAUAGCCGGAUCGAAGACGCCAGGCGGAAGAUUGAGAUCAACCGAGCGGCAGUCGGCGCCGGCCCUGGCGGGCCAAAGGGCAGGAAAGCUGAGGAGCGGGAAAAGGAGGAGGCGCUCAAAAGACUGAUGGGAAACAAGGGCGUGUCUGUCGUGGGCAAAGGAAACGAAGACAAGAGAGCAAAGGGAAAGGGAAAGGCUGGUGCAUCACCGGUCAAUGCCGCAAGCUUGAGGUUAUAG